AUGGAGAACUCUGCUGAUCCUGAAAGCUCCAACUCAAGGGCUUCCACGGAUUCUACUUUUCUUGAAACCCUUCAGCUUUCUAUUGGGAAUCUUUGCUUGAAGAAUGGCAAGGUUGAGAUUGAUGGUUCGGCUCCUACUCAGGGCAACAGGGCUUCUUCGUCUUUGCCUCUGAAUGGUUCUUUAACUAGCAUCUUGCGUGGUCCUGGAUUGAACAAAAGAGAAAGUAUGUUGAGUUCUUCAAAGAAGGUAAGUAUAUUGCCUUCUUUUAGUCAUAUGAAUCUGAAUGGUGUGGGUUAUCAACCGUAUGGGUUUUCUGAAAACCUGACGGGAAAAACAUUGAACACCGAGUAUGGUUUUGAAGAACCAUACCUACAUAAUUUGACAUCAAAGGGAUGGAAGGAUUCCUUGAUCAGCCAUGUUAACUUAUUCAGUGGUUUGUAUAAAGAAAAAGAAAAACCCUGCCUUCCUUCUCAUCCUGAAGCAGUUACAACUGGUGGAAAUCUUUCGCGGAGUGGUUUCAACAUGAGUAAUAAGAGUUCUGGUGGUUUCCAGAAUUUGCGAGGUAAUCAAAUUAUUAUACUGGCCAUGACUGAAGGAGGCUCGACAUAUUUCCAGGAUUUGGUAUUGUUGAAGGACCCAAGAAUUACACAACUGAUAUUUGAAGGGGUUAUUGAGUACAUAUUCCAGCUGAUGACCGACCAAUAUGGACGCUAUCUAUUUCAGAAGCUGAUUGAGUUAGAAAACGAAAUUCAGUUGCGGAUGAUUGUGGAAAAACUAACAAAUUCAAACGGAGACAUCUUCUAUACAUCAAUCCAUAGAUAUGGCACUUAUUCUAUUAAGAAGCUGAUCCAAGUGCUUGAGAAGUCACCAUUGGUUACCGAGGUUGUUAAAGCUUUGUGCAACAAUUUCUGGGACUUGAUGGUCAAUCCAACAGGACGAUAUGUUAUAAUGGAGUGCCUGGACGUUGUCGACUCUCAGAAGAAUGACUUGCUAUAUAUUGAAGCCAUCGAUAAAUGUCUCCAACUAGCCACACAUGAGAGGGGAUGCAUAUCCUUAAACAGUUUUAUCUCCCGUAUCAAAGGGCCUCGAAGAGAUCAACUCCUGAACUUGAUCUGUGAUCAUGUGGUGUACCUUUCACAAGAUCCUGCAGGGAACUUUGUUGUGCAGCACGUCCUGGGGCUCCAAAAGCCUUUCGUGAUCGAUAAAAUUUGCUUCAAAUUGAAAGGUUACUACGUUAAACUAUCCCUGCAGAAAGGAGGAAGUCAUCUGGUAGAGGAUUGCUUGAAAUCUUCAGGGAUGGAUCAUGUGCUUCAUGAAUUUCUUCUGAGCAAUCAACUUCUUCAGGUUGCUAAGGAUCGAUAUGGAAACUAUGUUCUCCAAACUGCUUUAAGAGAGACGAUGAAAACAGGUAGUCCACUUCAUGGAAGUCUUCUUAUGAAACUCCGGUCAUAUCUUAAAUCUCUGCAGCAUGGGUACGGAAGAAAUGUCCUCACAUUGAUGACAGCUCAGUUUAAAAAGGCGUGAAGUGAUCUCGAACAAGCUUCGUAUAUUCUUGUUGAUGCUAAGUAAAUUCCAUGUGACAAGUUACAUGUUCAAUGUUUCUUGAUGUUUCUCAUUCUUUUUUGUAGUUUUUAGCAUAUUGAAGGCAUAGGAUAGAAUAAAUUCUCUGUAAAAGCAGUUCAAGUUCUGAAUGUAGCAUCAAC